AUGGAUUUAAGGUGGAGGGGGAAGGGGAAGAAGAAGAAGAAAGCGGGUUUUGUAUUUAUAGAGUUAAAAGUUGCAUGGGGGAGAGUUAGUGUGGCACAAGAUUCGAAUAAGCGUUUAGGGAUGAUGAGAAAAGCUUAUGAGCUUUCAGUUCUUUGUGAUAUCGAUAUUGCUCUUAUCAUGUUUUCUCCAAGUCCCUCCCAGCGUCUCAGCCAUUUUUCCGGCAAGAAAAGGAUUGAGGACGUGUUUAUCCGUUACAUAAAUCUCCCAGACCAAGAAAGAGAACAUGCUUUAAUCUUCCCGGAGCAAGGCAGGCAUCCAGAUAUCCAAAACAAAGAGUAUUUGGUAAGGACCCUGCAGCAGCUGAAGUCUGAAAAUGAAGUUGCUCUCCAACUUACAAAUCCUGCAGCUAUCAACUCUGAGAUUGAGGAACUGGAGCAAGAAGUUAGCAGGCUACAACAACAACUUCACAUGGCAGAAGAGCAGAUAAGAGCGUACGAGCCAGACCCAUUGAGGAUGACAUCAAUGGGGGAGCUUGAAUCAUGCGAGAAGCAUCUUCUUGAUACACUGACUUGUGUUUUACAGAGAAAGGAAUAUUUGUUGAGUAACCACCUAUCUACAUAUGAUCCAUUUACCAUACAGCAGCAGCGAGGGAUGGCAACCGGGUUUGAAAACGACGUGGUGGGAUGGCUGCCUGAUGGAUCUCACAGCCAAGCCCCAUUAUUUGAUGCAUCUGCUCCGUUAAAUCCACUCAGGGAUCUGUCUUCUACAAUUUAUGAUCCGUUGCUAAGGGGAUCCGGAUCGACCACGAAUCCCAACAACGCCGAAAGCUUCCCGGACUGGCCUCCUCCGACUCAUCAGACUUUUACUACGUCUACUUCCUUGUUCCCUCAGAUCCAGCAUGGAAUUGUGGGACCAGACUUGCAAGAUAUCAUGCAAAGUGAACAGGUGGAGGUCCCUCUGACUGCCACGCACGCACAGCCAAAUCACCAACACACUAAUUACGAUCCCAACAAACUC